GGCAGCUCAACAGGCCGUUAGUCGCGCGCUUGCUUCCCCAAGAUGGCGGCCGUUAAGGAUGAUUGUGGUUUGGGAGAAGUGGCCGGAGGGAACGGGCGGCGGCUCCACCUGGGGAUUCCUGAGGCCGUUUUCGUGGAAGAUGUAGAUUCCUUCAUGAAACAGCCUGGGAAUGAGACUGCAGAUACAGUACUGAAGAAGCUGGAUGAACAGUACCAGAAGUAUAAGUUUAUGGAGCUCAACCUUGCUCAAAAGAAAAGGAGGCUAAAAGGUCAGAUUCCUGAAAUUAAGCAGACUUUAGAAAUUCUAAAGUACAUGCAGAAGAAAAAAGAGUCCACCAAUUCACUGGAGACCAGGUUCUUACUGGCAGAUAACCUGUAUUGCAAAGCUUCCGUUCCUCCUACUGAUAAAGUGUGUCUGUGGUUGGGGGCGAAUGUAAUGCUUGAAUAUGAUAUUGAUGAAGCUCAGGCGUUGUUGGAAAAGAAUUUAUCGACUGCCACAAAGAAUCUUGAUUCUCUUGAGGAAGACCUCGACUUUCUUCGAGAUCAAUUUACUACCACAGAAGUCAAUAUGGCCAGGGUUUAUAAUUGGGAUGUAAAAAGAAGAAACAAAGAUGAUCCUACCAAGAACAAAGCAUAAUGCUGGCAAUUAAAAAUGUGGUUCAAUUUUCCAAACAUGUUAUUUUAAAUACCCCAAAGUUUAUCCUUAAAAGUUGACAUAACUUUAAAUAAUUUUUAACAGCAAGAAUGACUAAAAUUUUAAAAAAAGAUAAACACCACUUUAUUUAUUUAUAAAAACAAAAUUAGUUUCAAAUAUUUUAUGAAAUUUGCAGUAUUUUUAUUUUUAUUUUUUGCAUUUCCAACAAAGUAAAUGCUGCUUUCAUCAUUUUGUUUGUUUGUUUGCUUGUUUGUUAUAAGAAAAGUCUUAGCUGAAAUGGCUGAAAACUGUGAGAUAUGCUAUAGAAGCUGAAGUUUUGGACAGUUUAGCACAUUUUACUUUUUCUUUAUUGGCUGGUGUUACUCUCACUUGUGAUGUGGUUAAACCAGUUUAGAGGUAGGAAAAACAGUUGGAAUAUUUGAAAAAUUGUUUUUCUUCAGCACACGUGGGGCUUUAUGGUCCUCUAUUGCUGUUAUUUGUCCUAUGUAAAUGCAGUUUCAUGAAUUACUGCUUAGCCAGUAACUAUGAUAAUAUUCUGUACUUUUCAGGAAGUGGUAAUUUGCAUUCCUAAACAGUAAGAGGGCUAUUGAGACAACGCUUUCUAACCUGAUAUAAGUGCACAGAGCCUUUGCAAUGCUAACAUAAAGGAGAUCUUGGCCAACAUGAAAUAACAAAAUUACGCACUGAAAACUCUUGCCUGAGGCGAUUUUGUACUUCUUAACAGUUCCCCAAAGCAGCUGAACAGGAAUAUUAAGAUAAAUAUAAAUCUGUGAUGGUUUAAAGGAGUUGUGAGCUUUUUUAUUCAUGAUAAUACUUCGUAAGAGUGUUAGAAGAUCCCUGUGGAAAGCCACUGGUACAGUGGCUAGUACUGGGUGAUACAGAUUCUGGUAAAAACACAAAUGUAUUAUUCCAUCUCCAUGUAGUAAAGAGUAUACUUGUACAAUGUUUUGUACUUGUAUUUCAUGAUAUUAAAACAGUGAAGUUAAAACUGUG